AUGAGCAAAACUUUUCAGUCAUCGCUUCCAUCUACCAAUCCUCUGCAUUUAUACCGUCAUACGCUUCGUUAUCUUCGCUCACCCACGUUACCAUUUCGAUAUCUAUCUCCAAAGCUUUGUUACAACGCACGAGAGUUAUUCGAAAUUCAUCCUUGGAGAUUUGUUGAAAAGGAUAUUUUGGAUAAAAUUUUUAGAGGAGAAUAUCAAUCAACCACGCAAGCUAGUCCUAAACCAGAUUCCAUUUUAUCGCAACAUCCAAAUAUUGAAAAUGCCGAAACAACUCCAAUACCAAUACCUUCAAUACCUUCAUUAAAAUUAUCUCAACCUACUUCAUCAAUAUCUAAUAAAUACCAAAUUCCAACUUCAUUUACCGUACAUCGUCCCAACCCUGUAUCUAAUCCUAAUAACUCUUCAAAUGCGGAUGCUUUGUUACCUGUAGAAAAUAAUUUUGUUGCUAAAAGUCAACCAACUACUGCUGCUACUACUACAAAUGUCAUGGCUUCUUCUUCAAUACAUUCGGAUAUCCCUCCUAAUGUAGUUAUUCCAAUGCCAAGUACUUUUGUAUGUAAAAGAGAUGGAAGA